GGCGCAGGCUGAGGGGAAGCAGCAGGAGGAACAGCCGUUGCGGUGCCGCCAUGGAGCUGGGGCGGGUGCCGCUGGUCUUCUCCCGCCUGCCCAUGUUCCCCUUCUUCGACGCGGCCCAUUACCUGGCCUCCGUCAUGGCGCUGAAGGAGCAGCGGGGAGCAGUGGAAGUGUCACGCCGGAGUCCGAUUGCAUGUUGGUUUAGUGCUAUGCUUUAUUGCUUUGGUGGGUCUAUUCUGUCUUCCCUGAUGCUUGCAGAGCCUCCUGUAGGAUUCCUUACAAACAGCACUAAUGUCUUCCUGGCAUCUUCAUUCUGGUAUCUUGUAUUUUAUUGUCCACAUGACAUAUUCUACCGAUGCUUUUCCUUUCUGCCUCUUCGACUGAUGAUUGCAGGAAUGAAAGAAGUGACUAGGACUUGGAAAAUAACAGCUGGAGUUGCACAUGCAAACAGCCACUACAAAAAUGCCUGGCUUACCAUGGUAGCUGUUGGUUGGGCCAGAGGCGCUGGUGGUGGCUUAAUCUCUAACUUUGAGCAGUUGGUGAGAGGUGUUUGGAAACCUGAAAGCAAUGAACUUCUGAAGAUGUCCUACUCCGUAAAAGUGACUCUGGUAGGUGCAGUACUCUUCACAUUGCAACAUGCCCAGAACCUACCGAUAGCAAGACAUAACCUUAUGUUCUUUUAUACCACCUUUCUAGUGGUCACAAAGGUAACCAUGAUGUUGACACAAUCUGCAGUUUCUCCAUUUGCUCCUUUCGAGUCUGUGCUGGGCUGUAUGCUCUUUGGUUGGGAACAAACUCCAUCUGAAGUAAAGGCUGAAUAAAAUGGAUACUUAUACACAGCAGCAUAUUCCAAGGUAUGAAAAGCUCCCGUAGUCUUGUUCAAAUGAGCAAUGGAGUUAGAGUGGUAAAAUUUUACCAAACAUUCACAUUAUGUGAAUAAAAAAUUACCACUGUAAAUAGUUUGCACUGCAAAACUGUGAAAUGUGCCAAAACCAAGGCCUUUGUUUCCUACAAAAAUAUCUGAAUUACGACUAUAAUUCAUGUUGCACUGAUCUUGAUUCUGCUUAGUCACAAACUGGAGAAUGUUUUUCAUUUUCUACCUUCCAGAAUAAGAGUAAAUUCUCCUUCAUUUUUUAAAAAAAGAUAUUAUAGUUAGCAAAUAUUAACAUUUAUCUAGCUAACCCACUUUGAUACUGUCAGCUGAAAACUUUUGAUUUAUAUGUUUGCUGUUCUGUACGCAGUAAAUCAGAUAGUAACGUAAUAUUUCUGUUAUUAAAUUGCUAAUGUGCAUUUGUAUUGAAGCAUAUGGUUUUUAGUGUUUCUUCCAUUUUCAUUUUGCUGUGACUGGAUGUGUUCUAGCAUGGCAUCUUAUCCCAAAUAUCUAACAUCAUCUUCUCCUGCUUUCUAAGGUAAACUGUCAUUGUGAAAGGAACUCAGAAUUACAUGUUGCAAGUAAUAUCCAUUUUUCCGACCCAAAAUGUUUAUCACCUUAACCUUCUCCCUGAUUGGAGGAUAAAUGUGUUUUUUACUUCCUGCACGCUCAUCUUUUCUGCACUAGUGUUUUUAUUAAAAUCUCCCAUCAUUUUGUUACUACCGGUUAAGCUGCGCCAAUGGCAAUAGCACUGGUGCAAAAACUGUGUUCAUACCUCUGUCAUUUAACCCUGUUUAGAGUAGGGUCAUAUGAUGUGGUAAUAAAAAUACUUGUGCCCUAUUCCACCACUUAUGCUGGUACUAGCAUUGGUGGAGCAGUUACCUGCUGGUCGUAAUGAGUAAGAGUACUUCUAAUGUAAGAUGCACUGUAAUUGUCCAUCAGCUUUUGCUGAAAUGCCUCUUCUGUUCCUUGUGUACGUUGCACACCAGUUUGGUAACUCAUUUGCAGCAGCUAUUGCCUUAGCGAAAGUCUCUCAAUUUUAGAAGAUGUAAUUAGUGUUUCAGAGAUGCCACUCACAAAAUGCAACAUCUUUCAUUUGGCCUGUCAUUCAUUUUUGUCUUCAAAACUAUUUUUUUCUGUGUUUCUUCUGUCAACACCAGUCUAUACAAGCCUAACUUUUGUCUGACAGUGAGCACUUUUGAAGCAUUUCUGUAACUAAAUUAAACCAGUUACUUCCAUGUGAAAAUGGCAAGGGGGAGAGAAAAUGUACAUUUCUCCUCAGACUGCAGUUAACUCUGAAAAAUGAUUGUGGGUAAACAGUUAUCCAAGUAGUUCAGGGUCAGAUCUAAAAUCUGAAAAUGAAAUUCCAGUUGCAAGGUACACUUCUGAAUUUGAGAUAAUCUUGAGUUCACAUAUAUGCAAAUAUGGCACCUAAUUCAACAAAGCUUUUCUGUAUAUUCAUAGUCAUAUAUACUCAUUCUUGUAGCCAAAAUUUUUUCACUGCUUUUUCUUCCUGUUAGUCCCAUCCAACAUAGCUGAGAGAGAAUGCUGAAUCUAUUUGAUGUAUUUGCAGGGUUGGCAGCUAGAAAAAACCUCUUCACCUAUGCACUGAGAACCUCUGAUAGGGAAAUAAAGAUGCAGAUAGAAUUCCAUGAUGCUACUUCAAGUCUCUUCUCAGAUAAGAACCCAACUUUAUAGUAAACCUUAGAUUUUAGGCAGUGUCCAGGUAACUGGCCAUGUCUUUCAGGUCUUUUUAACUAAAACAACAACCUACUUCAACAUGGAAACAAAUACAUGAAAUCCAUCUCAUCAUUGGGCAAAAGUCUUAUGAGUCUAGUGCCUAAAGGACAAAAUGUCAGAUUCUUGCCUUAUAACCUUGGGGCUCAGUUUGUUUUCCAGUAAUAAGUGGUAGGAGCAUUGAAUCAUCUCAUACCAGAAUAUUAAGUACCCAUAUGAUUUUAGGUUAUAAAGGGGUAUUUGGAUGCCAUUAAAAGUAACUACUAGUUUCCUGGUUAACAGGGAGCUAAAAAUGAGACACCAGUAACUGCAGUACUUCCUGCACAUGUAAAACUUUCAGGUAACUCUUAAGUCCCUAAGAGGUGUAUUAAGAUUGUGAACAAGUGUUCGAAUACUUCAUAGUACUAAACUUGGGUAUGAGACACUUUUUUUCUCCCCAGGUAACUAUAUUGUACUACUGUGAAAUGCUGGCCAAUAUCACUAUUUUUAGCCCAAAUGGAUAUGUGAAAAUAUCUUUGUUUACAAUAAUUUGAAGCAGAAAAUGUGGUGUGUUAUACUCAGUGUGGAUUUUUAUAAAAAUUACAUUAAUAAAUAAGUGGAAACA